UGUUUGUGUUUUGCUUUUGGUUGGGUGAAAAUUAAACGCAAAAUCAGUGGAAGAUAAUAAGUUUAAGUAGAUCAUUAUAGCGGAAGCUUGUCCAAUUAAUGCAUUGUAUAUGACAUAUUGUAGAAAAUGGCUUCCAUAGCAGACACAGACAGCCUCAGUGGAGUUGAGCCUUUGGACAGUACGGCCACGUCCCCCCUCCUCAAAGCAGCUGCAGUCUCCGCCCAUCCUGACACCAUCUCCCCUGCCAGCCAGCUGUCCAGCCUUCGUGCGUCGUUGGUCCAGUCUAGUACCCUCCUCAAGGGUAAUGAUGACAAACCAGGGAGUAAUCUGGGAGACAGUCCAGAAUUCAGACUCAGCAAUGUGUCGACGUUGACUCAGUCGUCCUUAGAGAAGCACAAUAUUUCACACCAUAACUCUGGUACAUCAGUGGAUGCCGUUUGGCAGGAUCAGAGAUUGUAUCCUGGCUGUCAAGUUGAUGGCAAGAAGGAGGCCUGGAUAAAGGGGAUGUCUUCUCUGCCCAGUACCCCUUACUCCAGUAGACAACAUGAUCAGCAACCCCAGAGGCUUCUUGCAACUGCUGAUAACAAACUCGCCUAUCAUUCCCAGACCCUCCGGGACUCGGGCAUACUGCAGGAAAUGUCCAGGCACAGUCACCCAGCCGUGCCGGCAAACAGGCAGCUUUUUGAUAGCCAGACAGUAAAGACAACCUCGGCAUCAAAGGAGAGACAUGCCCAUUCAGGAAGGGAACCUCCCCCUUUGAAAGCGUCUCCGGAAGGCAGAAGGGAGUUUGUUCGUCACCAUGACAGAAGUGUUGAUAAGCCAGAGCACCUUUCUAGAGGGAUGGGUAAUUCUCAGAAUGCAGGUCUGUUGCAGAGCUUUCACAGUGCCGAUGUGAGACAAGCAACGACUAUGAACUGGAGUCAGGACAGUCAUCAAGAUGCAGACAGGAGUAAUGUGAAUUCUCACGAGAAACGUCAUCAAAGUCACCACCGUGAUCAUCCUCCAAAACUAAGGAUUACAACCAGUGCUGAGAAAAACUUCUCAGAAAUUCAGGAAAUGGAAAAAGUACGGCGGAGUUUGUAUCACAUGGUUCACAACUCGAUGGGCCGACCAUCGCUCGAGCGUGACAGUCUGGAGUCCAAGGAGAGCAUUGGAGAGUUGCUGGCAGCUGAGAACGGCUUCACCAGGGAGUCAUUUGACAGUGCCAGAACUGAGUCUUUACUUGGCCCCGAAGCUUACCAAGACGUCUCCCCACUCGCCAUGGACAGUGGUCUAGGGUUAUCGUCCUUACGGAAUCUGGGCAACAUUCACGUGCCAGCACUGCGCGCGUCGUCCAGGGAAGGAACACUGUAUGCCGAGAAUCAGAUGCUGAAGGAUAGCCUAGAGAAGGAGCGAUACAGGCGAAAGCACUGUGAGAAACAGAUCGGUGAUGUACAAGCCAAGCUUCUUGAGACUCAACAACAACUGGCAGUGGCUGUCUCCACGGAGCGCAAGAAGGAUGCGAUGAUUGAGCAGCUGGACAAGACACUGGCCAGGAUCGUCGAUGGGUGGAGGAAACAGGAACAGGACAAGAACGAAGCUCUGGAGAGACUUGCAAACGAAAAACACGAAACGGCUGAGGAGAUGGACAAGUUGAGGAAGGCUCUUGAUGAUCAUCAGAUAGAGCUGGAUCAAGCCAAGGAGAAACUUAGCAGCGAGCUGCAGCAAGCGCUGCAGCUACAGCGGGACACUGUCUCUCAGUUAGUAUCCCUCCAAGAAGACCACUCAAAGGUCAAAGAUCAGCUAGUCGCAGAACGGAAGCUUACAACCCAGACCCAGCAUCAGAGAGAUAGUGCUGUUGAAGAGCGCCAUCGCUUGGACAGACAAAUCAAGCAGGUGCAACACAUGCUAGCAGAGGAGCGACAGCAGAGCCAGACAAUGAGGAAGGACUUUCAGGAGAGGAUUGAGCAUCUGGAGAAGGAUCAUCAGCAGCUGCUGGAGAAACAGAAGGCUAAAAUUGCAGAGGAGUUGAAGAUUUCUGAACUGCUGUCUACCAGACAGCAAGAAGUGGACAAGCUUAAAGCUGAAUUAGACAAUGCAACAAAAGAUAAGGAGAACAUGUGUCUGGAGUUGAACCUCCAGCAGGCAAAAGCAGAAGCCGCUCAACAGAAGUUAGAAGCCGAGUGGCAAGAGAAACUUGAGAGGCUUGUGGAUGACCGCAUGCGGGAACUGCAGCUGCAGAGCAGCCAGACAGAAGCAGAGCUGAGAGAGUCACACCGCAAGCAGCUCAGCGAGCUUCACGAUCAUCACCAGAGCCAGCUUCUUUCUCAGAGGUCAUCGCAUGUUCAGGACCUUGCCCAGAGAGAUAAAAAGAUCCAGGAUCUGACUCAAGAGUAUAAGACCAGGUUGGAGCAACAUCAUCAAGACAUGGCACAGAUGACUCAACGUCUUAAGAAGGCACAGCAACAGAGGUCCGCUCUGGUCCAAAGACUUCAAGGUGUCCAGGUCUACUGUACUGAUGUCUUGUCUCAGGUGACCAGUGCCUCACCACUCAUUAAGGAGCUUAGCUCUGGGAUGGAGGCUGCGAAAGGAGCAAGCCACAUGCCAGAGAGGACACAGGACACCAGACCACAGGACAACAGACCAGGGGACAGCCCCAUCACCAUCUCCGUGUCGCCACCAAAGAGGGGUGUUGGUGUUGGGGCUGGCAAUCUGGACGAUCAUAAACAAGAGCACGAAGGUGGAGAUGGUCAAGAAGACGACACCUUUCAUCUCCCCAACCUCUCCCUGGCAACCUCCACCGCAUCCCAAAGUCCUCCCUUCAGCAACCUGUUCAGUUUCCUCCCGGAUACCGCCCUCAAGUCCAAUCCUGGCGACAGUGUCUUCCCCAAGCACGAUGCAGUCAGCAUGUCAGAAUUCUUCAACAUACCUGCUGUACAAGACACAACCGACGAUGGGUUUUCUUUACUGAGUAAUGGAAAGGUGCCAGAAAGUGGGAUACAGAUACAAGGAGACUCCUUUGUGUCUUUCAAGACAUCAAACAGGAUGGAGAAUCAUGCAAAGAGUGUUUUCCAUGGAAAACCCCAACAACCUCAGGGAUUUCAAUCCGUUUCCGCUCCAAUACCUGAUGCAACAACAGCUUUGGCAGAGUCGUGGAGGGAACCAAGUAUCAUGAAAGACCUCUUUGCUAACACACUCAAGACCCACCCCGAGUACCCAUCAAGCACCUUGCAGCAGAAGCAAAGACCCGCCCAGGGUGUACAGCUCCUCUCUGGAUCUAGAACCAAUGCGGCACCUGCUAAGGAACCAUCUAAGAAAAAAGAAACUGUAAACCCUUCUUCAGGGGAACACAUCCCAAGCCAGGAUCUGAUCCCAGAAGGGCUCCGGAUGUUAGAGAUGUCGCCCCCAUCAGGUCACAGCUCCCCACUGCGAGAUCCUCCCAGUGGUCUGGCUGGGUUGACUCUAGGAGACAUACUGAGAGCUACAGGGGGUGGCUGGGAUGGUCUGCGGGAGGGUACCAGGCAAGGUGGACAGGAGGAAUUUGGAGAGUUUAGGGAGAUUCUGCCAUCGCUUGAUGAUACAAAAACCACUAAUUCGAUGGCAGCUUAUCCCAGCGAAGAUGAAACAGUCAGUGAGUUGGAGUCGGGCCCGAUCAAUCCAGACAGCUCUAACAUUCUUUUGGAGAGACUCGCCGAGCAUGGGCACAGGCAGAUGGCACUCCAGCACUACAUACAGAUGCUCUUGCAGCAGCCACCAAGAGCAGCAACGGAGGAAGUGACCACUUCUGGAACAGCCGUAACAAAGGAAACGGUCAAUAUCACCAAUAAAAAACAAGGCAUGACAACUUGGCAAGAGCAAGCUCCCCAGAGUCACAAAAGAGGUCCAACCAGCACCAGAAACCCCAACACAAACCCCAAGACAAGUCAGUUGACACACACCCAGGGGAGUACCCAGCAAGGCCAGAGAUCUAAAGCGAGCAGCGUUGGUGGCAGCACUGGCCCCAGGCAAACCACAGACAAACAAGGAAGCAGUGCAAAGACGAAGGGACCAACCGGCUCUCAGCCUCAGAACAGGACCACGAGGCCCGCACAGCGAGCUGCCCCAGCAACCAAACCAAACAGGCAGGCCACCGCAUCCUCCACAACGGGUCAUAAAAAGGUCGUACGAAAAGCAGCGGUACGAAACUGAAAUAAUGACAAAAACCUGUAAGAAGGAAUCAUGUGAAUGUAGGGGCUAAACUGAAAUAUCAAUUGCACAUUGUGUAUAUGCACUCAGUUCUAAAACAAAAACUAGGAUCGUACUUCACAAAUUACCCUACUAGCACAAAUACAAGGUUUUGCAAUAACUUGUCCGUUUUAUUUCCCAACACCUUUUAAUACAUCUCAUGAACUCUAAGGCCAAAAAAAGUCUCCGGUUUUUGGUAUGGAGCUUGCCCCAAAAGUGGUGCGGCGACAUGU